AGCCUCAUCCCUCCAGGCCUGGACGAGAACAGGCCAUGGCCAACCAAAGCUCCCCAGAGGGCUUCCUCCUUCUGGGUUUCUCGGAACACCCAGGACUGGAAAAGAUUCUCUUCCUGGUUGUCUUGACUUCCUACCUCCUGACCCUGGUGGGCAACACACUCAUCAUCGUGCUGUCUGUGCUGGACCCCAGGCUCCACUCUCCAAUGUACUUUUUCCUCUGCAACCUCUCCUUCUUGGACCUCUGCUUCACCACCAGCUGUGUCCCCCAGAUGCUGGUCAACCUUGGGGGCCCAAAGAAGACCAUCAGCUUCCUGGGCUGCUCUGUCCAGCUCUUCAUCUUCCUGUCCCUGGGGACCACUGAGUGCAUCCUCCUGUCAGUGAUGGCCUUUGACCGCUAUGUGGCUGUCUGCCAGCCCCUCCACUACGCCACCAUCAUCCGCCCCCGCCUGUGCCGGCAGCUGGCAUCUGUGGCCUGGGUCAUUGGGCUGGUGGAGUCAGUGGUUCAGACACCACCCACCCUCCGCCUGCCCUUCUGCCCCCACCGGCAAGUGGAUGAUUUUGUCUGCGAGGUCCCUUCUCUAAUUCGACUCUCCUGUGGAGACACCUCCUACAGUGAGAUCCAGAUGGCUGUUGCCAGUGUCCUGAUCUUGAUUGUGCCCCUCAGCCUCAUCCUUGUCUCUUACGGUGCCAUUGCCCGGGCAGUGCUGAGGAUUAACUCUGCAAAAGGGAGGAGGAAAGCUUUGGGAACCUGCUCCUCCCAUCUCACGGUUGUCAUCCUCUUCUACAGCUCAGUCAUUGCUGUCUACCUCCAGCCCAGAAAUCCCUAUGCCCAAGAGAGGGGCAAGUUCUUUGGUCUCUUCUAUGCAGUGGGCACUCCUUCACUUAACCCUCUCGUAUACACCCUGCGGAACAAGGAGGUGAAGAGGGCAUUCAGGAGGUUGCUGGGGAGAGACGGGGACUCCAGGGAGAACUGAGGGGGAGACGCUUAAUGUGUUUUAAAAUUCAGAAACGAUUCUACAUGCUUUUAUCAGGAAGUUUCAGUUCCCAGCCCUCU